UUUAAGUGUAAGGAGAUAAUAAAAACACAGACAUAUUGAAAGGUGCCGAAAGAAGUUGGAUGCAGCAAAAGAAAAUGGCUGCAAAGUUUUGUUAUUCAGCAGAUCUUACCAAUCUGACGAUUAAAUUGUCUAAAACAGUUUCCCCGGCAGACUCGGCAGUCAUGUUCACUUUAGGAGUGUCAGGAAAUAUUUUGGCUUUAGUGCUGCUAAUCCGACACGCAGACGAGCAUAAAUGGAGAAUUUUCUACAGACUUGUUGGAGCUCUAGCUUGCACGGACCUGUUUGGAAUAAUAUCUUCUUCUCCGGUGGCCUUUGCAGUUUAUAACAACAAAUUUGUGUGGCCUGGCGGUCAACCAGUGUGUGAUUACUUGUCCUUCAUGCUCAUAUUUGCCAGUGUUGCCACCCUAACUGUUGUAACUGCAAUGUCAUUGGACAGGUUCUUAGCGUUAUGGUACCCAUAUUUUUAUAAUUCCUCACAAAAGAAGAGACGGAUUCAUGUCAUGCUUGUUGGAAUCUGGAUUUUUUCGACACUGAUAGCCUCCUUGCCAUUAAUGAAUUUUGGCCGUAAUAUACGCCAUUUCCCAUGUACCUGGUGCUUCUUUGAUUAUUAUGGAACGUACAGAACGGACGUUGCGUUCUCGGUAUUAUACACUUCUCUGGGAAUACUUGCAGUAGCAUUCUCGACUGGUUUCAACUCUCUUGUUAUUUUUGCCAUCUCUAAGGGGGCGUAUGGCCCUCGUCGUGGGAGUAUAAAGUGUGUUAAAGGAAAAAGGCGCGAACGAAGAAACGAGAUCUUUACUCUCAUAUUUUUAAUCGCCAUUUCAGUUAUUCAUGCCGUGUGUUGGAUGCCAUUAAUGAUUCGUGUUUUAAUAAAUACAUCUGGAGCACUUCCAAAUUAUAAAGCCGAUCUUAUUGUUUUAAGAAUGGCUUCAUGGAAUCAGAUACUAGAUCCAUGGUUGUACAUCCUGCUUAGAAAAGAGAUGCUAGUAAGAAUUUAUAAAUUCUACUUAAGGAAAAGAUAUGGUGUCACGUCUUUGGUUUCAAGCAACAGUACGGACAGUUCAUCAGGGAGUAAGCGGGAUAAUCUACAAUUACAAUCACUGAGUCCCAAACAGCGGAGACUGCUGAAGAAAGUGAAUUCGACAGAUUCCAAUACUUCUAAUGCAACAGAAAUCAAAUCCUUCUCCAUGCAAUGAAUUCUACCUACUAGAGAUUCAUUAUAGAUAGAAAUGAAUUCAAGUUUCAAGGGCCUCUAAUGCAACAGAUAUAAAAUUUAUAUUUUCUAGAAAAUAACUAAUGAGAUGACAUUAACCUUUACAUCGUCAACUGCCCUUGUUUAUUUAGCGAUAUUCCAACAUCACCUGCAUAA